UUCUCAUUAACGUCAUGGCGAGGCCACUAUGUACCGGAAAGCAAACGGCAGAUACGCUCAAUCAUUUCGCCUUUGUUUAUGCUAGACUCUGUUGAGACGUUCGAUUCACGCCGGGCACUCGUAGACUAAGAUAAUUACACUUGGGCUGGAGGUCCGAAACUAGGCAGGUAACUCUGAAACAAUGGGGUUUUGACCAUGUUCCAAGACCUGGGUUUCGUUUUCGACCACAAUUCCAUCUAUGUUUAAAAUACGCUCUGUAGUCACUUCAACUUCCUCACUUCCCUUCUGAGGACUUUCGCUCUUCGUGAAUACUUCUCAUUUCUUCACACUCGUCCAAUAUGGAACUCGCCGCUUCGUUCGCGCCCACCAACUCGUACCUUCUUGAAACCGACGAAUUGCCUCGCUAUCGUUGGCUUGUCACUCUCGAAUCCCAGGUCAACCCUACCCUGCAAGCUCCGACCAGCAGUACUCUCAUCUCUAUUGGAUACAACUUCCCCGUAACGCUCUUCACUCUUGUCCUUUCGGACCUGCGUUCUGAGUGCUCCGGUCGCCGCGUUCACUUAUGGGAGGAGCGCAGAUGUGUCAUUACUUACAAUCUUACCCCUCGUCGUGGCAUAGUUGACGUUCUUGGACUCAAGACCAUGGAUGAUGCUGAGGCCAGGGUGUAUAUGGAUCUUAUCAUGGGCUUCGUUAACGAGGCUGGAUGGGUCUACUGUCCCAAUACAAUGGAUGCUGUCACAAGGUUCAACAUUGAUAUCUCUCAGAACCUGCCCCUUUUGGAAGACAAUACCCAAUUGUCUCCAGCUUCUACCUAUGAUGACCUCAGUGUCUUCACCCUUGAGCCCACUUCCCCUACUUGCGAGCCACCACACAACUCCAUACUGUCUCAUUCGACCGCUCGUCGGACAUUCGUAGAUCUCAGAAUCAUCACUUCGCCCUCAUCUUGCCCCAGUUCCCCCUCCUCACCUUGUACUGCCUCUUCACUUAGCUCUCAGUUGACAGGCUGGACGACCCCUGAGUUGGAAGGUCCAAAGUCGGAUGAUAUGCUGCGGUCCUUCGAUUAUACUCCACCAGGAACGCCUAUCGCCUGUCCCGUCCCUUUCACGAUGCCUGUUCCAGACUUUAAUCUCGACCUCAGUCACGUCUAUGUCUCAACGGAGGAUCUCAGUCUCCACUACUCCAUGUCUUCCUCUCCAUUUGCGGUUUCGCCUGACCUUGUUGAAACUGAAACUGAGAUGCAUAAGGAACUUCCCCAAAGGGUUCCUACGCCUAUCCCGGUUAUCCCCCGGGUCCAUCGCAAUAUCCACAACAUCAUGAGAAUGAUGGAGCCUAUUCCUGAGCACGAACUCGAAUAUCCCCCCACCCAACAUGUGCCUCCGAGAGCGGCGUUGUUUGAAGAACAAACUCGAGUACUUCCUGCACCUUUUCAGGCUUUGAAAAGAGGAGCAAUGUAUAUUACGAGGAUGGCAUUUAGGCUUCACUCUCAAUUUGAUUUCGCCUCGUAGAAAGGUGGCCUGAUCGAUUCGUUCCUACUGUUUGCUUCUUCCUGAUCAGUUUUGCGCAUUUCUAUGGAUGGUUUCGGAUAUGGAACCCUUCAUUUGCCAUCGUCGAUCUAGCCUGCGAUGCAUUCUGGGCUGCAACUUGAACACGUAAAUACCUUUGGUUUGGGUUCCUAUCUUAAUAUUCGAUUUUUUCCGU